CCCAUCAGUUUGCGAGUAAAGAGAGGAGGACAAAUCAACUCUCCAAAUUUGUCAAAGAGAUCCAACGAUUUUGAUCUGUAUUCUUCGUCCUGCGAUCGAUCUGGAGGUAACGUUUCCGAUCUGCAGAACUUUUUCUUGAUCGGGAAACGUGGGAAAUGAGCUCGCUUGGGUUUGCUAAAGAUUUUUAGGGAUUUUCGGGAUUUCAUUGUGAAAUUUGUGCUCUUCUCAGUCUCUGUUAUACGUUAAUGAAUCAUCGAUUGAAUUUUGUUCUUCGUCUUUUGUCGGUGCUGUCAUCGAAUUGAGCAGUCCUGGAAAGGAUUUAGAGUGGACCAGGUAGUUUUUGGUUUUCUAGAACCUAAAUUUGAGCGAUCUGAAACAUUAUUUCUUCCGGAGUUGAUUCUACCUGUUUUUGUUUUGAUCGUGGUGCCAUCCAGUUUCAAGAUUUACAAUGGCGUGUCUUGGGUCCAUUGUUCUUGGCACUGAUCGAGCCGAGGAGUCUUAUAUCGUCAAUGUUGAUAGGGAUGCCUUGAUUUUAGACAUUGACAAAGCGAAAUCUGAAGCGAAUGUCGUUGUCAACAGAAUCCCUGAGUUCGAUGAGGAUUUGUUGGUUCUUGAUGAUAUCCCUGCUAAUGAGGCAAGAUGGAAGCUGGCAAACGAGGAUCGUGAGAAGGGAGACCACUGUACGGAUGCAACAGGCGUUGAUAUUGUUGCAGUAGAAAACUCGAGUACGCCUGUAGAGAUGGUUCAAGAUAGUUCCCAUGUCGAGGCAGUAAGAAAGUGCAAAGCUGAAGUGGAAGAUGAGCAGAAGAGGGUGAAGAAGCUGUUGAAAAGGAAAAGAGCUUCUUUUGAUGGGAAUGCGAACUGUGAUAAUAAGGAAGUAUUGAUAACGAAGUGCCAGGGUGAGCUUGAUGAAUUGUUUGAGUAUCACAAGGAGGUUUCUGGUCUUAGGCUGCAACUAGAUGAUGGCGCAUAUCAUUCCAACAAUAUGAUGGUUGCUUAUUUGCUGGAAGAAAGUAGACUUCCAUUUUCCAAGUUAGUGGGGGAAAUUUAUGGGGCUUUGAAGGGAAAGAACGGGAUUACUUUGACAUCUGUCCGUGGUAGCGUGCUCUUUGUCGGACAGAGAAUGAUGUAUGGUAUUUCUAGUGCAGAUGCGGAUGUAUUGGAAGAUGAGUCAGAGUCAUCCCUGUGGUGCUGGGAGACAAGAGAUAUUAAGCUGUUGCCUCUUACUCUUCGUGGCAUUAUCAACAUCCGUCGCAUGGCUCGAAAGAAGAUUCAUGAGAGGAUUUCUGCACUUUCUGUGACAUUAUCUGCGCUGGCGAGUCCUGAACAUAAAGGUGCUUAUGGAAAUAAUCUGAUGGAAGCAUCGAUCAAGCUUGGGAAGGCAUUAAAUAGGCAAGGGAUUUCUUCAUUUGUUGAAAACUUGACCCAGAAGUACUGUGCUGACAUGGCUGAGAAAGGAGAUUGGCUACAACAAAAGGAAUUAAUGAAGAAAAUUGAGAAAAGUAAGCAUAGUGCAGAAAAGGAAAAGAAGAAAAUGGAUCGUGAGUUUCAGAAAGAGAACUUAAGACGUGAGAAAGAGCUUAGAAGGAUGCAGGAAGAAGCUGAAAGAGAAGAGAAGCAUCGUGAAAAAGAAGCAGCAGAACUGAAGAAACAAAUAAAAAGGCAGCUAGAAGAAGCUGCGAGGGAACGACGGCGCCAUGAAAAAGAAGAAGCUGAACUGAAGAAACAGUUUGCCAUACAGAAGCAAGCUUCUAUUAUGGAACGGUUUCUCAAGAGUAAAAAGAAUAGCAAUAGUUCAGAUGACAAAGUGUCCAUAAAGAACUCAUCCACUGAAACAUCUUCCAAGAACACAGGGAUCACUAGUGCAGUUACAUCAUCAAUGGACUGUGGCUUUUCCCAGGAAUGUAGCUUAACCACAAAGGAUCUGCGUGGGUUGCAUAUUACUGGCUGGCGUAAGUUGGCUCACCUCGGCAGAUCCUGCCACUGGGGUGUUAGGCGCAAUCCCAAGAUUGAGUUGAUGAAGGAACUCAAGCUGCAAAGACCAUCCUUUGAAGGUGAAGCUCUUGAGAAAAAUGCAGCUCUGGAGAAGGAAACUUCCUCUCAUGAGGCCAAUAGCAGUGAAUUGAGCUAUGAUAAGCUUGACAAUGAACUAGAGUCUUUAACAAAUAAUAUAUGUCAAGAUGAUCUCCAUAUUCAACCAUCAUCAGCCUGGAUGCAGCAUAAGAAACUUUUGCAGUUUUGCCAAAAUCAUAGGCCAGCAUACUAUGGUACUUGGCGCAGGAAAAGUGGUGUUGUUGGUCCGAGGCACCCAUUUAGGAAGGACCCCGAAUUGGAUUAUGACAUUGAUAGUGAUGAGGAAUGGGAAGAGGAGGAUCCAGGUGAAAGUCUUUCUGACUGUGACAAAAAUGAUGAAGAAAUUUUAGAUGCAGAAAAUUGUAAAAAUGAGGAUGACACUGAAAGUGAAGAUAGCUUUGUUGUUCCUGAUGGUUAUCUAUCCGAAAAUGAGGGAGUCGAAAUGCAAAUCUCAUGUGAACCCACAGAGGAUGAGGCAAAAGUCUCAAAAUGUUGCAAGUCAGAGGUCGACAGUGAGGAAUCCAGAGCAUUGUUGCAGUGGCAGAAGAUCCUAUGCAAUUUGACUGAAAAGGCCCUUCGAAAGAGCCAUCCAUUGGUCAUUUCCAACUUAACUCAUGAAAAAGCUAAACUACUGAUGGCCGAAGAUCUUGCUGGCACAGCUAAAGUUGAGCAGAUCUGUUUGCGAGCUCUCUGCAUGCAGGCCUUUCCUGGAGGCUCCAUUGUAGACAUCUUAAAAGAUCCCAACACAUCGUCUGAUGAUCAACAAGUUUGCCGAUGUUCUAAAGAAAAUACUACACAGGGAGCCACUGUUGCAAUGAUAUCAGAUUUGGACUUGCCAGAAUUUGUUAGGCUGAUCCAGUCCUGUCCGCAUGGGAUUAAUAAGGUGGUUGAGGUGUUGCAACAGAAGUUUCCGACCACCUCAAAGUCACGAUUGAGAAAUAAAGUACGGGAAAUAUCCAACUUCGUUGACAGUCGUUGGCAGGUUAAGAAAGAUGUCUUGGAAAAGAUUGGCUUGUCAACCUCUCAGCCCCCUCCCGAUAAGGAUUGGACAGGUACAACAAAGUACUUCUCCAAACGAUGCUUACCUCCUAAAGGGAGGCCCACAGAGAUUUCCGAAUCUUCUCAGUCAUCCUCAAAACUGAAGAGAUCAUUCUGUGGCCGGGAGAGAUCAUUUCCGAAUCAUCUGUAAGUGUUUGAUGUAUAUAAGUUUAUUAGGAAAUUCUUGUUCUUUCUGUGGCCAAAUUGUUUUGGCCUAUGAAGAGUACAAAAGAGAAUGACAUCCAUUUUGCUGGACAUUGAUGGCAGUGGAUGCUAAUAAGAUGAUGUUUGCUAAUGA